AUGUCGAGUUUACACGGACUGUUUCGCUUGGCCGUGCUGCCUAUCCUUGCUUUGCUCCUUCUCCAGCAGAAAGCAUUUCCAUUGAUCAAUUCGCCACAAAUUCAGCCAUACGUCUCAUGGCUUCCCGUCUCACUACAGAAUGCCAUUCUCGAUAAUCGACCUCGCAUCACACUUCCCCAGGGAACUGUCGUUGGUAUCACGGUGCGAGACACUCUCAAGCACCCCGUCGACACGUUCCGGGGCAUCCGAUAUGCACUACCGCCAUCUGGUGACAGACGAUUUCGUCGCGCUGAACCAAUGGGCCCUUCAGAGGAUGUUAUAGAAGCAACACGGUUUGGACCAAGAUGUCCUGGUAAGCAACUGCUACCGAUCAAAGGCGACAACGGAAACAGUGAGGAUUGCCUGACUGUCAACGUUUUCCGACCGCAUGGGGUCCAAGGCAAACUGCCCGUCGCUGUGUACGUACAUGGCGGCGCGUACAAUCGGGGAAGCUCGUCCAUGCAUAACACGGCCUCAAUGGUUGGCUGGUCCGAGCAACCCUUUAUCGGAGUUAGUUUUAAUUACCGGAUUGGCGCCCUCGGCUUUCUCCCCUCCACCACAACAGCCGAAGAGGGUAUCUUGAAUCUCGGUCUGCACGAUCAGAUCCUCUUAUUCAAAUGGGUACAGGAUAAUAUCGAAGCUUUCGGAGGGGACCCCUCCCAAGUGACGUUGUUUGGACUCUCUGCUGGUGCCCAUUCAAUUGCGCACCAUAUCAUGAACCAUGACCUCGGUCAUACCCUCUUCCACCGUGCCAUAAUCGAAUCCGGCGCCGCAACCUCACGGGCGGUUCAUUCUUACGAUGCUCGCCUCCACGAGGAGCAAUUCCGUCAAUUUGUUGAAGACGCCGGUUGCAAGGAUGUAUCCCACCAAGAGGUGAUGGACUGUCUACGUAGUCAACCCGAGUCUGCCAUCACCAACGCCUCCUUCACUGUGUUUGACCGAUACAACCCCUCCGUACGAUGGGCCUUCCAACCGGUCAUCGACGGAGAUCUCAUCAAACAACGACCCAUCGACGCCUGGAAAUCUGGUAAAUGGAACAAGAUGCCAAUCCUGACAGGCUUCAACACCAACGAAGGAACAUACUACGUACCCCCAUCCAUGUCCAAGUCGGAAGAGUUCACCGCAUUUUUCCAAACCCUCCUCCCCGCGUACUCAGCAUCCGACAUCAAAACAAUCGACAAGCUCUACCCCGACCCAGCGAAGGAUGCCUCGUCGCCCUAUGUCGACACUAGAGUUCUACCGGUCGGUCCUCAAUACAAACGUGUCGAGGCCGCGUACGGGCACUACGCGUACGCCUGUCCGGUGCGCCAGACUGCGAAAUUUGCCUCGGCGGGUCAGGAGCCUCCUGUCUUCCUUUAUCGCUGGGCACUUAAUAAGACGGUGCAAGGUGGCGCGAACCAUGGCGAUCAAAUGGCAUACGAGACUUUUAACCCUGAGGUGCGGGCCAUCUCCGAGGAUCAGGAGAAGAUGGCAGGUACCCUGCAUGCAUACUUUACCUCGUUCAUUGUAUCUGGGGACCCGAAUGCUAUCUCUGGUGCAUAUGCAGACCGCCCUAUCUGGGAGACGUAUGAUGCCUCUGCCUCUGGUAGGAUCAUGGUGUUGGGCGAAGGAAAUGAUGAGCGCGCCGGUGGAAGUGGCGUAGGAAUUGCGGCGCAGAUGGUGGAUGACGAAUGGAGUCGGAAAGAAUGUAAUUUUUGGUGGACGAAGUCAGGGGUUUCGGAUUAG